ACUUUGAGUGUCCGGCGGUCGCUGGAGCGGGAAGGCGGAGGCGAGUAGGGCAGCCGGGUUCAGCCCACACACCUCACCAGGAGGCAUCAUGUGGCGAUGUCCACUGGGGCUGCUGCUGUUGCUGCUGCUGGCUGGCGAGUUGGCCCUGGGUGCCCAGCGGGGUCGUGGGCGCCGGGAGCUAGCACCGGCUCUGCACCUGCGGGGCAUCCGGGAUGCGGGUGGCCGGUACUGCCAGGAGCAGGACCUGUGCUGCCGCGGCCGCGCCGAUGACUGCGCCCUGCCCUACCUGGGUGCUACCUGUUACUGUGAUCUCUUCUGCAACCGCACCGUCUCCGACUGCUGCCCUGACUUCUGGGACUUCUGCCUCGGCGUGCCACCCCCCUUUCCCCCCAUCCAAGGAUGUAUGCACAGGGGUCGCAUCUAUCCAGUCUUGGGAACCUACUGGGACAACUGUAACCGUUGCACCUGCCAGGAGAAAGGGCAGUGGGAGUGUGACCAGGAGCCAUGCCUGGUGGACGAAAACAUGAUCAAGGCCAUCAACCAAGGCAACUAUGGGUGGCGGGCUGGGAACCACAGUGCCUUCUGGGGCAUGACCCUGGAUGAGGGCAUUCGCUACCGCCUGGGCACCAUCCGCCCGUCUUCCUCCGUCACCAAUAUGAAUGAGAUUCAUGUGGUCACAAAGCACCGAGGCCCUGGACUCUUGGGACACCUCCAAUGCCUAGGGCCCCUGAGGGGCAGUCUGGGGCAGAGGCAGGAGGCAGACAGAGUGACCUUUUCCUUGCAGACAGUGCUGAGCCCAGGGGAGGUGCUGCCCAGAGCCUUCGAGGCCUCUGAGAAGUGGCCCAACCUGAUCCACGACCCUCUCGACCAGGGCAACUGUGCAGGCUCCUGGGCCUUCUCCACGGCAGCCGUGGCAUCUGAUCGAGUCUCAAUCCAUUCUCUGGGGCACAUGGCACCUGUCCUGUCGCCCCAGAACCUGCUGUCUUGUGACACGCACAACCAGCAGGGUUGCCGCGGUGGGCGACUUGACGGUGCCUGGUGGUUCCUGCGCCGUCGAGGGGUUGUGUCUGACCACUGCUACCCGUUCUCGGGCCAUGGGUGGGACGAGGCUGGCUCCGCACCCCGCUGCAUGAUGCACAGUCGGGCCAUGGGUCGGGGCAAACGGCAGGCCACUGCCCGCUGCCCCAGUAGCUAUGUCCAUGCCAAUGACAUCUACCAGGUCACUCCUGCCUACCGCCUCGGCUCCAACGAGAAGGAGAUCAUGAAGGAGCUGAUGGAGAAUGGCCCUGUCCAAGCCCUCAUGGAGGUGCACGAGGACUUCUUCCUGUACCAGAGCGGCAUCUACAGCCAUACACCAGUGAGCCUUGGGAGGCCGGAGCAAUACCGCCAUCAUGGGACCCAUUCGGUCAAGAUCACAGGGUGGGGGGAGGAGACGCUGCCCGACGGAAGGACGCUCAAGUACUGGACGGCGGCCAACUCGUGGGGCCCAGCCUGGGGAGAGAGGGGCCACUUCCGCAUCGUGCGCGGCGCCAACGAGUGCGAUAUCGAGAGCUUCGUGCUGGGCGUCUGGGGCCGCGUGGGAAUGGAGGACAUGGGUCACCACUGAGGCCGCGGGCACCACGCCGGGAAGAGCCUCCUGUGGGGCAGCAGCCCCCGCCCCGCCCGCCCGACGGAGCUCCGGGCCCCAGGGGCCUAAUCCUCGCGCGGGUUCCGCUGACGCAGCGCCCGGCUUGGGAGCCGCGGGCCGGCG